AUGGGGGUGAAGAACCGGCGAGAUGUCUGGAACGAAUUUACCCGCAAUCUUGCAGAUCUUCUUCCAGAUCUGCGAGAUAGUAUUACAGGUGUGGGAGGCCGUAGAGAUAAUACUACAGGUGUGGGAGGCCGUAGAGAUAGUAUUACAGGUGUGGGAGGCCGUAGAGAUAAUACUACAGGUGUGGGAGGCCGUAGAGAUAGUAUUACAGGUGUGGGAGGCCGUAGAGAUAAUACUACAGGUGUGGGAGGCGGUAGAGAUAGUAUUACAGGUGUGGGAGGCCGUAGAGAUAAUACUACAGGGGUGGGAGGCCGUAGAGAUAGUAUUACAGGUGUGGGAGGCCGUAGAGAUAAUACUACAGGUGUGGGAGGCCGUAGAGGUAAAUCUACAGGUGUGGGAGGCCGUAGAGAUAAUACUACAGGUGUGGGAGGCCGUAGAGAUAAUACUACAGGUGUGGGAGGCCGUAGAGAUAAUACUACAGGUGUGGGAGGCCGUAGAGAUAGUAUUACAGGUGUGGGAGGCCGUAAAGAUAGUACUACAGGUGUGGGAGGCCGUAGAGAUAGUACUACAGGUGUGAGAGGCGGUAGAGAUAGUACUACAGGUGUGGGAGGCGGUAGAAAUAGUACUACAGGUGUGGGAGGCCGUAGAGAUAAUACUACAGGUGUGGGAGGCCGUAGAGAUAAUACUACAGGUGUGGGAGGCCGUAGAGAUAAUACUACAGGGGUGGGAGGCCGUAGAGAUAGUAUUACAGGUGUGGGAGGCCGUAGAGAUAGCACUACAGGUGUGGAAGGCCGUAGAGAUAAUACUACAGGGGUGUGGGGAGGCCGUAAAGAUAGUACUACAGGUGUGGGAGGCCGUAGAGAUAGUACUACAGGUGUGAGAGGCGGUAGAGAUAGUACUACAGGUGUGGGAGGCGGUAGAAAUAGUACUACAGGUGUGGGAGGCCGCCGUAGAAAUAGUGCUACAGGUGUGGGAGGCCGUAGAAAUAGUACUACAGGUGUGGGAGGCCGUAGAGAUAGUGCUACAGGUGUGGGAGGCCGUAGAGAUAGUGCUACAGGUGUGGGAGGCCGUAGAGAUAGUGCUACAGGUGUGGGAGGCCGUAGAGAUAGUGCUACAGGUGUGGGAGGCCGUAGAGAUAGUGCUACAGGUGUGGGAGGCCGUAGAGAUAGUGCUACAGGUGUGGGAGGCCGUAGAAAUAGUAUUACAGGUGUGGGAGGCCGUAGAAAUAGUACUACAGGUGUGGGAGGCCGUAGAGAUAGUACUACAGGUGUGGGAAGCCGUAGAGAUAGUGCUACAGGUGUGGGAGGCCGUAGAAAUAGUACUACAGGUGUGGGAGGCCGUAGAGAUAGUACUACAGGUGUGGGAAGCCGUAGAGAUAGUGCUACAGGUGUGGGAGGCCGUAGAGAUAGUACUACAGGUGUGGGAAGCCGUAGAGAUAGUGCUACAGGUGUGGGAGGCCGUAGAAAUAGUACUACAGGUGUGGGAGGCCGUAGAGAUAGUGCUACAGGUGUGGGAAGCCGUAGAGAUAGUGCUACAGGUGUGGGAAGCCGUAGAGAUAGUGCUACAGGUGUGGGAGGCAGUAGAGAUAGUGCUACAGGUGUGGGAAGCCGUAGAGAUGGUACAACAGGUCUUGUAUUAUGGCUGAAGAACCCUAAAACAAAAGAACAUAGGGAGUAUUAA